AUGAUAUUAUCGAGAAUAAAAAAAGGAGAGAGGAAGACUCCGUCGAUCUCCAGUGCUCCUCAGUCCACAACCGCCGCCGCCACCAGACCAAUGGCGUCGCCUCGCCACCGCUCCUUCCCGCUCCGCCUCCUCGUCCUCUUCCCCGUCUCACUAUGUAUCCUCCUCCUCCUCCGCCGCCGCUCCUCCUACGCCGCACCUCCGCUCAUACCCGCGCGUCCGGCUCCGGAUCCCCACCGGUUCUCCCUCCUCAUCAAACUCCUGGCCUACGAUCGCCCCGCCCCUCUGCUUCGCUGCCUCCGUUCCCUCGCGUCUGCCGACUACGAUGGCGACCGCGUCGCACUGCACGUCCUCCUCGACCACCUCCCGCCCAACUCGUCCGCCCCACUCCUUGCAGCGUCCCACGAGAUCCUCACCGCCGUCGACGCCUUCCCCUGGCCGCACGGGGAGAAGCGCAUCCACUACCGGGUGGCUAAUGCGGGGCUCCAGGCGCAGUGGAUCGAGGCGUGGUGGCCUGGCUCGGACGACGAGUUCGCCUUCGUCGUUGAGGAUGACCUCGAGGUCUCACCGCUCUACUACAGGUUCCUAAAGCGGGUGGUCAUGAGGUACUACUACGACAGGGAGAACUACAGUCCCUAUGUCUUCGGCGCGUCACUGCAGCGCCCCCGGUUCGUCGCAGGUAAACAUGGAAACAAGAUACAGCUGGACAGUGAAACUAGACUAUUCUUGUACCAGAUGGUUGGUACAUGGGGCCAACUUCUCUUUCCCAAACCAUGGAAAGAAUUUCGAUUAUGGUAUGAUGAACAGAAAGCCAAAGGAAUCAAACCUAUUCUUCAAGGCAUGAAAACUACAGGAUGGUACAGAAAGAUGGGCGAGAGAAUAUGGACUCCUUGGUUCAUUAAAUUUGUCCACUCACGUGGAUACUUCAACAUCUACACAAACUUCUUGAAGGAAAGGGCCCUCAGCAUCUCUCAUAGGGAUGCAGGUGUGAACUAUGGAAGAAGUGUUGGACCAGAUUCUACAUUGUUAGAUGGGAAUAAUCUCGAUUUCAACGUAUGGCAAUUGCAGCCUCUAAAGAAGCUAAAAUGGUAUGAUUUCUGCUUUGCUGAAAUUCUUCCAGGAAGGUUUGUUAGGAAAUUUAGUGAACUUGGUUCUGUGCUCAAGUCCGUCCAAUUCGGAAACAAUGUUGUACUCAUAAGUUUGUAUUCAGUGGAACAGAGGAUUGUGAGAAACCUUAUUUGCCAUCUUGAGAAGACGGGCAUGCGAAAUUACAUCUUCCUUGGUGACAAUUCAGAGUUUCUGGAUGACCUUGCUCAUAGAGGACAUGCCGUCAUUGAUGUUAUUGAGUUGCUGCAGGGGAUCAAAAUGAGUGGUUAUAUGAAUUCUGAUGGUUUUGUUAAGGAAAUACUAGCUAAAGCUUACGUGAUACAACAUUGCUUGAACCUGGGUUACAACCUAUGGGUACUAAAUGGUAAUAUGAUUUCACUUGGCAGUAAGUUGGUUGAGCCAUCAAAUCAAUCAGUUGACAUUUUUACUGCAGACCCUGUGGAUUUGAUAUUUAUAAGAAGCUCACAAGGCUCUAAAAAAACAUGGAAUGAGCAUAUUAUAUCGAGAGUAGCAGAUGGUGGAUUUGCUUCUGUGAAACAUGUGAGCUUUGUUCAUAUACUUACCAGAGUGUUGGAAAACAAUGGUGGUGGUGUGAGGCUGGGGAAACUGAAUGAGGAGAUAAUGACUAUGGAAUUAGGGCCUAACAUGUCGAAUAGAUCACUGUCAGAGGGUCAAAGUAAAAUGCUUUUCUGGUCUGACAGUGUGGCUUCAGAUUCGGUACAAAGGCAACUCGGAAAUGUGAAUUUGUGGUUAAUUGACUCAGAUUCAUCUUGUAGUGCUGUUGUUUGUAACCAAAAGCAGAAGUAGCCUCUGUUAUCUUACGCAUGUUCUUUUUACAUUGAUCUCCAUUAAUGGAUCCUAAGGUAAUAUCGAGUAUUUGAGACUUGACCCUGCUCCGGCACUUACCCAAGAAUAUUGUUAGCAUUUAUCGAUGGAUGCAUCUGCCAUUUCUUUGUGAUUUUUGUGGCCUUCAAUCCUCCAGAACCCUGCAAUUACUUUAGAUGUUGAUAACUGCUGGUCUUUGGAGCCAAUAUUCUGUAUUUAAUGGGGUCUUGAGGUGUUGAUCGUUCUGAUUGUUUGGUGAGGUUGAAGUAUUCAGUUGGCUAUGCUAGUCCUGAUUGCUAGUCCCCAUUCACUGGUACAAUUCUUGAGAAUCCUCCAGAACUCUGCAAUUACAUUUGAUGUUUAUCGCUGCUGGUCUUUGGAGCCAAUAUUCUGUACUUGGGUCCUUAAGGUGUUGAUCGUUCUGAUUGUUUGGCGAGGUUGAAGUAUUCAGUUAGCUAUGCCAGUCCCCAUUCACUGGUACAGCUUUUGAGAUGAACGUUUCCUGGUAUCCUCGGUGUGAAUAGCAGUGUUCCCCGCAGGCUCAGACAUUGGAGACUGAACUUGAUAUGUCCGUGUUUCUGACCACUUGCAACUGAGGCUAGAGGCGACGCCAAGCUUGGAGGCAGCGAAACUUACGAAGAUGUUAGAAGCAGCCUUGGCAGCCGAAAAUCACAACACUGCGGAUGCUCUGGAUAGAUGUAGAAAGAGUGUAGCUGAAGACACACUGGUAGGUGCCGUUGGUGGUGCAGAUGCACUGAUGCAAUAUCAACAUAGUACACAUUUUACUGUGAGAUACGAUGAGCAUGCAUUGUUGAUCUGAAGAGAUUUCCCAACCAGAGUUUAAGAUUCCUAGUAGCUCAAUGUUCUUCCA